AUGUGUUCGUACUCCACGCUCAACUUCGUAGAAAUGUACAAGAACACGCAGCCACUCUUGGACGCCCCACACGGCGACCUCGCUACCUUUUACAUGGACGUGCCUGCGUCGUUUGAUGCCAUGAUGGAACGUUUAAAGUUUCAGUUUCACGAAGUCCACGAGGAAGUGUCGGCUUUUGUAAACAACUUGUACAGCCUGGUCGAGAAGGCGGUCACCAAGAAAAAUUGCAUGGAAAUUGUGUCCCCUCCGAGUGCAGGCAAAAACUUUUUUGAUCCUGUUCUUUCAUUUUACAUUAACCGAGGCACUAUUCGUAACUUUAACUGCUACACUAGCUUUCCACUACAGGACACCGUGGGACGCCGCAUCCUGGUACGGAACGAGGCAAACUGUGAGUCAUCUGCUUUUGAUACUGUCAAAAAAACUUUUGGUGGUGACGUAAACUUGGUGGCUGUCAAGUACACUGCUAACCAGACCAUUUCCAAGACACCCAUCAUUGUGCUCUCAAACAACGAGGUGUUCCCAGAUGACGAGGCCUUCAACCACCACAUGUGGUGCUACAAGUGGCGGGCGUGUCCUCCUCUGAGGAAAUAG